AUGAGUGCUUGCAAAACCCUUUCGUGUUUCCCACUCUCUUCGACUUCGUUUUUCAAGCGCACACUCAUUCGAACUCCAAGAUGCUCCACGUCAGCCCUAGCCGCCGAGGAACCCGAGCCCCAAUCUCCCACCGUCCAGCACCUCCUCUCAACCCCCGACGGAGUCUCCACGCUCAUGAAGAUGGACCGCAAGCCUCUCCUCCACGCCCACGCGCCUCGCUGGUUCCCCUACCUCGACGCCUUUCGCUGCCGCAACGGCGCCGUUUUGACCAGUGCUGAGGUCGUCCACGCCCUCGCGCCCUGCAUCUCCCAGGAACGGAGGCGGAGGUUCGGGAGCGUCGUCAGGAACCGGAGCUACUCGCUCUGCCUCGUCGUCGAAGGCCUCUGCGACUUCGGCAACGUCUCCGCCGCCUUCCGCUCCGCCGACGCGCUCGGCGUCCAGUCCGUCCACGUCGUGUCGUGUGAUGACAACAAAAGGUAUAAAGAUAAUCGCCAUGUGAGCAUGGGUGCGGAGAAAUGGUUGGACAUUGAACUGUGGGACUCUACAAAGGAGUGCUUUAAAAUGUUGAAAUCACGUGGUUAUCGAAUUGCCACAACUCAUGUGGGAAUGGAUGCGGUUUCUAUUCAUGACUUAGACUGGUCCUGCCCAACUGCAAUUGUUGUCGGGAAUGAAAAUAGGGGUAUUAGUGACGAGGCUUUGGAGUUAUCAGAUUUGCACUGCAGUAUUCCAAUGGCAGGAAUGGUGGACUCUUUCAAUGUAUCAGUAGCUGCAGGAAUCCUCAUGCACCAUGCUGUUUGUGAUAGAAUAUCUCGCAUGGGCCGUCAUGGUGAUCUCACUGUAGAAGAAUGCCAGAUUCUACUUGCAGAGUUUUCGCUACGCCAUAACAGUAGUAUGAUUAGUAUAGUUGAAGAUUAUGCAAAGCGUAAAGCAGAAAUAUUAACCUAAACGCAAUAAGAGGAACUCAAACUUCUACUGAUUGAAUGCUUGGCGGCUUGCUUGUCCUGGACAAGGAGACAAACAAGAUUGUCUCUGAAUGAUUGAUUCCUACAAACUAGCAUCAGCAGCAUGAGGUCCAAGACUAGAUUGUCCUUCACAAUCGGAACCUUACCUUCUGUUUAGACUACCCAAUAUUUCCUCAACGGUGUGUGAACUAGCCCAAUUGACUGAUGGGGGAUGAAGCCAUCAAAAGCGCAAUUGUAUUUUUCUUUAUGUGGAGUUUUUGGGCAUUACUGUGUCUAACUAUUUAUUUGGAUGAGAAAGUAGGAGAGAAAUUUUUUACCUGUAAAAUGUAUGCGUUCUCCGCAUUAGUGUGUCUAUCCCAUUUGACAGGUUUAUAACCAAUUUGAAGGGAUCAUUGAAAAGAUUUUUUAAAUGUACCUUGGCCUUGAAAUGGGAUAGCUUCUUAAACUUUGAUUUACUAAAGAAACACAACUGGUAGGCAUGUCGGCAACAAUGCAUACACUAGAAUUGUUAGCAA